GAGGACACCUCAGAAAAGCAGUACACAUCCAUGGCAACUGCCACGGUCCUUAAAGUCCGUAAUCAGGGGCUCCGAAAAAUCCGGAGGUGGAAACUGAUUGCCGCCAUCAAAGAAGGGCUUCGCAUUCGGUUAUUUAAAGUUAGGAUUGCUGCGCCUGGUAGAGACGCAUCGCAGUCGCUGACAUUUAAUCGCGACAUCAGAAACGUCCGCUGCAAUUGAGAAGAGCGUUCUGUCAUGACUAGCAAGGCACGAGGAUACAAUCCAAAUUCCGCAUCCUCUCGGGGAUCUGUGAAAUGAACUCUUUUCUUCUUUGAAAAUCAAGGCCAGUGGGUAUUAGGCUAGCACAAGGACACUGGCUCUUUUCGCCUGCUUUAGAAAAUGAACUCUUCAACGGAAGUCAGUUGUCAUAGGCAGUUCAAUCGGUGCAAUUUUACGAGCUUCUGAAAACAAGAUUAGGCUCUCUAAACUGGACGAAACAAACGGUAUUGGUUAUGUUAAAGAUAUGGCUUGCUAAAGAAAUACCCGAGGCAUGCGCGGGAGAUUAUUCCCAGGUUAAGUCAGGGCAAGGUAAAAGAAAAUAGAAGAGGAUCGCUUGUGCCCUCACGUCUUCGGCGGUUAAUCAUUAGAAAGUGUGCUUACCUGGUGAAGAACAGUGGUAGUGUUCAGGCUCCCAGGCAAUGUGAUUUGGAAAAACUGCGCAGUUUGAACACUGACAAAGCGUCCCUUGUUAUCGGUAGGAUCAAGUCUUCGUGAAUGCCGUUUUUUUUGUGUGGAUGGACUUGACGAAACACAACGCCGUGUUAAAUCCGUAGCAGAGGAGAGCUUGUGUUUUGAAACAUCUUAUUGGGGGUAUGUUCAAACUCUAAGUCAUUCCCGAGAUGGUAAUAUAUUUUCAGAGUGGCUACGCUUCUGAUGCUCUCAGCUCCUGGUAGCAGCGCAGUGCCUGAAAACGGCCGCUUCUAUUUCGGUGACUCAACUGCAGUGGGUUAGUUAGCGAGCUAUCCGGGAGAAGAAACUCUUGGUGCCCUAUUCUAACCUGAUUGCCUCCGAACAAAGUUAAUCAUCGGGAAGUUGCAAAGAUUAAUCUGUGCAUUAGCUAACAUGCCUUUGGAAACGUCUUCGCUUGAUUUACAAGAUUUAAAAUAACAGUCGAAAAAAAUCUAUCAAGCAUUGGCGCUGGGUAGAGUGCAGCGGCUGUCUCGGACCUGUUCAGGCUCGCGAGGUCCUGAAACCACCGGAUGCACCGACUUUCCUUUGGAUGAUUGCUGAACCCAACCGUGCAUCGCCGGGCAUUCGGUGGGCACAGAUCGGACGGGGUUUCUGUUCUGAAGGCAGUGCCAUGCGCCCCCCUGGUGACCCGCUCCUGCCCACAUAGAGGUCGCGCCGCCCGCUGAGACUGCAGCCGCGCGCCGCCGAGGAUGCUGGGAAUGUGCCGCGGCCGCAGGAAGUUCCUAUUGGCCACCUUCGCCGUGCUCUUCGUCCCAGCUCUCACAUGGCUCUACCUCUCAGCCGCCAGUUUCCACGCAGUGAGGUCCAUCCCGCUGUCCCCCCUGGAGCCCCAGUCGGCCACGGCGUCGUCGGCGGGCGUUCGGGACCGCCUGGCGCUGGAGGUGCGGGUUCGAGAGGUGGAGGAGGAGAACCAGGCCCUCCGCUGGGAGCUGAGCCAGCCGCCCAGGGCCGCCGCCCGCCUCCGCCCCCGCCCUCGCCACGGCAACCAGUCCCGCACCUACUCCACGGAGGAGGGCACCGGCGACAACGAGGGCCAGCGAGCGGGCGCCCCCGGCAACGGCUCCGACUGCGCGCAGCAGCCCCCGGUGGACAAGUGCGAGACGAUUCACGUGGCCAUCGUGUGUGCCGGGUACAACGCCAGCAGGGAUGUGGUGACGCUGGUGAAAUCCGUCCUCUUUCACCGACGGAACCCCCUCCACUUCCACUUCAUCACAGACUCCAUCGCCCGGCAGAUCCUGGCCUCGCUCUUCCACACCUGGAUGGUCCCGGCCGUGCGCGUGGACUUCUACGACGCCGACGAGCUCAAGUCAGAAGUGUCGUGGAUUCCCAAUAAGCACUACUCUGGGAUCUACGGGCUGAUGAAGCUGGUCCUGACCAAGACCCUCCCCCCGGACCUGCAGCGCGUCAUCGUCCUGGACACCGACAUCACCUUCGCCACCGACAUCGCCGAGCUGUGGGCCGUCUUCCACAAGUUCAAAGGCCAGCAGGUUUUGGGGCUGGUGGAGAACCAGAGCGACUGGUACCUGGGGAACCUGUGGAAGAACCACCGGCCCUGGCCUGCCCUGGGAAGAGGCUUCAAUACAGGUGUGAUCCUGCUGCUGCUGGACAGGCUGAGGAAGCUGAGGUGGGAGCAGACCUGGAGGCUGACAGCUGAGCGGGAGCUGAUGAGCAUGCUGUCCACCUCGCUGGCCGACCAGGACAUCUUUAACGCCGUGAUCAAGCAGAACCCCUUCCUGGUGUACCAGCUGCCCUGCUUCUGGAACGUUCAGCUAUCCGACCACACCCGCUCCGAGAAGUGCUACAAGGACGUGUCCGACCUCAAGGUCAUACACUGGAACUCCCCCAAGAAGCUCCGGGUGAAGAACAAGCACGUGGAGUUUUUCCGGAACCUCUACCUGACCUUCCUGGAGUACGACGGGAACCUGCUUCGCCGCGAACUCUUCGGCUGCCCCAGCGAGACCGACCACAACAGCGAACGUCUGCAGAAGACGCUGUCGGAGCUGGACGAGGACGACCCGUGCUACGAGUUCCGGCGGGAGCGCUUCACCGUGCACCGCACGCACCUCUACUUCCUGCACUACGAGCACGAGCCCGCCGCCGACCGCACCGACGUCACGCUGGUGGCCCAGCUCUCCAUGGACAGGCUCCAGAUGCUGGAGGCCAUCUGUAAGCACUGGGAGGGGCCCGUCAGCCUGGCGCUGUACCUGUCGGACGCGGAGGCGCAGCAGUUCCUGCGCUACGCCCAGGGCUCCGAGGUGCUGAUGGGGCGGGGCAACGUGGGGUACCACAUCGUCUACAAGGAGGGCCAGUUCUACCCCGUCAACCUGCUGCGCAACGUGGCCAUGAAGCAGGUCAACACGCCCUACGUCUUCCUGUCCGACAUCGACUUCCUGCCCAUGUACGGGCUCUACGAGUACCUCAGGAAGUCGGUGGUGCAGCUGGACAUGGCCAACACUAAGAAGGCCCUGGUGGUGCCGGCCUUCGAGACCCUGCGCUACCGCCUGUCCUACCCCAAAUCCAAGGCCGAGCUGCUGUCCCAGCUGGACAUGGGAACGCUCUUCACCUUCAGGUACCACGUGUGGACGAAGGGCCACGCCCCCACCAACUUCGCAAAAUGGCGGACGGCCACCACGCCGUACCGGGUGCAGUGGGAGGCGGACUUCGAGCCCUACGUCAUGGUGCGACGGGACAGUCCCGAGUACGACCGGCGCUUCGUCGGGUUCGGCUGGAACAAGGUGGCCCACGUGAUGGAGCUGGACGCGCAGGAGUAUGAGUUUGUGGUGCUGCCCAACGCCUACAUGAUCCACAUGCCGCACGCGCCCAGCUUCGACAUCACCAAGUUCCGCUCCAACAAGCAGUACCGCGUGUGCCUGAGGACGCUGAAGGAGGAGUUCCAGCAGAACAUGUCCCGCCGCUACGGCUUCGCCGCGCUCAAGUACAUGACCGCCGAAAACAGCGGCUAGGCCCCGCCCCGCCCCGCGCCUCGCCCACUCAGGGGCUCCCGGCGCCCCCCGUCUCGGUCCCGGAGGAGUCGAGCGCUAGGUGCGUGUGUGGGGUGGCUAAGGGGGCCUGUACAAGAGGAACGAGGAACAUUCUGGAACUCUCAGUACCCAACGAAACUCCCCCUAAUGGAUGCAACAGAAUCCCUUUGCUGACUUUGCUGCCAACUUCGCUUUUCGUUUUGAGCGAAGAGGAAAGAUUUAGGAGGGGAGGAGUGGGGAGGUACUGCCAUAAACCCUUUGAAGAGAAGGUUUUCUGGAAUGUUUUUCAUCCCAAAAUUUAGUGUUCUGGAACUCCAUCACUUUCAGUUGUCAGUCGUGAUUGUGACAUCAGCGUCAGAAUGUCCAGUUAAGAACAUUCUAAAUCACAUGUUUGUGAUGUCACACCUCAGAGGGUUAAUGAGAUGUAAACGGUGGUGUGGCAGGGGAGGGUCAGAUGUGUGUGUGUGUGUGUGUGUGUGUGCGUGUGGACGGUGACGGACAGCGGUGAGCCGUAAGAGGGUGUGUGUUCACUCGCUCAUGCGAUCGUUCGGUCCUGUGAGGGCUGGAAUCUCCCUGCCAACCUCCCGGCGUUCUCCAGAUAUACAGACUGAGUGCAUCGGAAAGGAAAUGUUUGUCCAAGCCGGCAAGCCUGCCGGUACAGCACACCGAUGGCAAGAAAUCGAUGCCUCUCCUUUUCCUGGAAAGGCAGCCUCCAUCGUCCUUAACCACCUUAAAGCCGAGCGAUGCUCUGUGCUGCUGGUUUUUAUUUUCAUUGAACGUUGUACAUGCUCCUGACAACACAGAGCCGCUCCACUGAGCCGGAGAGCUUCAGGCCCUGGAGGGAAGAUGUACUGCAGUGUAAAAACAGCUUCAUCUUGGGCCUGUUUUCCUUUUCCCCACCGAUGAAGCGCUCUCUGCGACGCCCUCCAAUGGCAUCGCUGCAUGCGCGAUGUGCCGGGGGGGUGCGGAUUCUUCAAGGUUUUAUUGCGUUUAAUAAAAUCGGAGCGGCCUGGCUGGAUGAUGAUCUGGGUAACAGAAUUCCCAGGGUUCCACUGUAAAAAAAUAAAAAUAAUAAUAAUAAAAUUCAAAUAUUUUUUUGGCAUACAAAGAGGAAAUGUUAUUUAAAGAAUACCAGAAAGGAGAAAUUGCUUGUGGUAAAAAAAAAAAAACAUCCUGUGGGCUUUUGAUAUUUGGACGGCAAACGCUGACUUUUCUUCAUAAACAGUGGCAGACGUGUUCAGAAUAAUUCCACAGGCCCACAGCUCACCAAGCGUCCACAACGGAAACUUCUGUACUUUUAUAGCGAAAGUGGAAAAAAAAGCUUAUUUCGUGGGUGUUUGUGCAUUGUGCUUUUAAGGGGGACGGGUCGCCGAGGUUUGCUGUAAAGCACGUCGAAACGUUGGCUGGGUCGGCGGCGUGGAACACGGUGGCCUGUCCUGGCCGCCGUUUCGGACGCGAGCGGCGAACAGGACCGUCGGCACACUGUGUCCCGAGGAGGUGGGCACGCGAAAGUGCGGAUGAACUCUCAGAAGCACCGGAACGCUCCGCUGGUUCUGCGGUCAGGCGUUGGGUGCAGAGCGGUUGGGUGUUUCCGCGGCAACCUGUGGCCCAGUGAUGCAGCACUUUUCCAGGUCUUACUAUCCCCUGUCACCAGCUGCUCAACCUCUGCAGAAUUCCUAUUGUGUCAGUGGAAUUCAAGUUUCACCCACAGGGACACAAAAAAAAAGAAAAAAAGUGAUAUGAAUUAUUUUUUAUUUGUAUUCAGUGGUUUAAAAUAUUGGAAUGUGUUUACGGUUUUCAUGUCUGAAAUAAGCCAGUGUGCAGCUAAAAAAUAAAAUAAAAUAAAAAUUUAAAAAAUGCACUACCUGCACUACCCACAAACUCCUGGGGCAGGAGAGGGAAGACUGGCCGGACAGAAUCUCUCAAAAACUGAAAAUGUAUGAAUGUGCUCUUCGGCAUCAGAACUACAGGAUCACUGGAGAUCCACUGGGCUACAUUAUGUGGAUAUUCUGGAAGUGGGUACAGAAUUAGACAAGCCUGUCUGAGUACUGUGAAGAUCAGUGGCUGUAUGGUGUUACUGUUCAGCUGGGAUUCCUGUUACUGCUCAGCUCAUCAAAUUGGGUUGGAGCUGGAAACUGAAUGUGAAAUUAAUAUCUGCAUCAGCUUUGUGGCGGGAUUAGAGGGCAACUCAAGGUUGUUGGUUUUUUUUUUCAAAUCCCAGGCAGCUCCCCCUCUCUUCUCAGUUUUGAAUGUCAGACGGGGGGGGGGGGUGAAGCUCCUCUGCUUGUUGGCUGAAAUGGCCAAGCUUGCACUAGUGACCCCACUUUCAGCUCCUAUCUGUGUGAAGACCUGACAAAGAUAGUAGCGGGCCAUGGUGUGUGUGUGUGUGUGCAUAUGCGUGUGAGUGUGUGUACAUGCACAUGUAUAUAAUGUGUAGGGGGACGUGGAUGUCUGUAUGCAGUAAGUGAUGAAGACACGUGGUUGUGUCUGUCUCUGUUUAAGACAGUGCUGAUGGUCAAGCGGCUGCCUAAUAAAACAAAAUGAAGAGG